AUGGCCAAAGAUGACUCCACUGUUCGUUGCUUCCAGGGCCUGCUGAUUUUUGAAAAUGUGAUUAUUGGUAUGUGCGGCAUCGCCCUGACUGCAGAGUGCAUCUUCUUUGUGUCCGACCAACACAGCCUCUACCCGCUGCUUGAAGCCACUGACAAUGAUGACAUCUAUGGGGCAGCCUGGAUUGGCAUGUUUGUCGGCAUCUGCUUCUUCUGCCUGUCUGUCCUGGGCAUUGCAGGCAUCAUGAAGUCCAACAGGAAACUUCUUCUGGUGUAUUUCAUUCUGAUGUUUAUUGUAUAUGGCUUUGAAGUGGCAUCUUGUAUCACAGCAGCAACACAACGAGACUUCUUCACACCCAACCUCUUCCUGAAGCAGAUGCUGGAGAGGUACCAAAACAACAGUCCUCCAAACAAUGACGACCAGUGGAAAAACAACGGAGUCACCAAGACCUGGGACAGGCUCAUGCUCCAGGACAAUUGCUGUGGUGUAAAUGGACCAUCAGACUGGCAGAAAUACACCUCUGCCUUCCGGACUGAGAAUAACGAUGCCGACUACCCCUGGCCUCGUCAGUGCUGUGUUAUGAACAACCUUAAAGAACCUCUCAACCUGGAGGCCUGCAAACUAGGGGUACCUGGAUACUAUCACAAUCAGGGCUGCUAUGAACUGAUCUCUGGACCAAUGAACCGACACGCCUGGGGGGUUGCGUGGUUUGGAUUUGCCAUUCUCUGUUGGACUUUUUGGGUUCUCCUGGGUACCAUGUUCUACUGGAGCAGAAUUGAAUAUUAA